UAGGCUUGAAGACGCCACUGCAAAAGCAUCUUCCAGGCCGCCCUCCUCCUCCUCCUCCCCUUCUUCCUAAAGGCUACCCUACUCCUUUCUCUUCGGCUCUCAAACACUGGACCUCUUAUCUUCCGUACCCAAACCUCGGAAAAGUAUGGUCGGCCCUAACCCCACUAUCAAAUUCCUCUGCAGUUACGGGGGCAAAAUCCUCCCCCGUUACCCUGAUGGUAAACUACGUUAUCAGGGCGGUGAAACCCGUGUCCUUGCCGUCGAUCGCUCCAUUUCCUUUUCUGAGCUGUUGUUGAAGAUGGGAGAGAUGUGUGGGACAGCGGUGAGUCUACGUUGCCAGUUGCCAACGGAGGAUCUAGACGCGCUGGUUUCGAUCACUUCCGAUGAGGAUCUCGCGAAUCUCAUCGAGGAAUACGAUCGCGUAGCAUCGCCACCUUCUUCUUUAAAGAUCAGAGCUUUCCUUUCGCUGCCAAAAUCCACCAAAAAACCAAUUUCUCCUUCUUCAUCAUCGGCUUCGUCUUCAAAGUCAUCAACUUCAUCCACUCCGAGGUUCUCCUGCAUACGUCAGAUCUCGGGGCCUCCCGUCGCUUUCCCUCUUUGCUCGGAGAAAUCUGCGGGGAAAAGUAUUCCUUACUAUGGUUACCAUGUUCAUCAUGGAAACCCUAGUCAUAUUUACCUUAUUCAUAACGGGAACCACUGGCAAUAGCAGCAGGCCAAAAAACCAUGAAGGAUCAUAAUUUAUUAAACUGUUAUGAUCCUGUCUGAAUCCGCGAAGAACAAGUAAAGAAAUACUACCCAUAGAAGAAAAAGAAAACAAACAAAAAAAAGAACCUAAGCUAUAUGAUGUAUUUGGACCUGUAAAUCCUUUAAGAAGGUUUGCUUUUGAUGAUGCGUGGCCAUUAAUGAAUUCUCCAGCUCCAGUUUCGUUCUGGAUCAUCUUCCUAAAUACCCAAUAUAUUUUUUUUCUGA